AUGCUAUCGAACUUUAAGGGACAAGCCCGGCAUGGCUGGGAGAAAGUCUCGCCCUCCAUGGGCUUUGGCAUGAGUAGACCGCAACAGCAGCAGCCACACCCUUCGCAGCCGCAGGAUGGAGUACCUAUGGGAGUACCCUCGCAAACGGCGAAGCGGACACUGGCCGGUUCAUCCGCGAGUCCCAACCCUGCCGUUCCGGGUCAUCCAGUCAACCUCUCCUUCAACGUCCCCUUCAAUUGCAACCUUCCCGGCCCGGACAAGGACGACGUGCUGUACAGCAGCAUGGGCGCUUUCCAGAAAUGGAUACAUCCUGACGGCGCCUCAGCAGAGGAAACACCGAACCAUGCGUUGCCGGUGCAUACGCGCAACGUGGAGAAUCUGCGGAGUUUGUGUAAGCAGAUGAGCGAGGGCAGUGGGGAGCGGCUGCACGCGACGGUGACGAGUAGCAAGCCGAAGCCGGUUCCGGGAAUGCAGAGGGGACCGUUGACCGCGCCGGUGACGAACGUGUGCAUUUCGGGGGAUGCGGAGGUGGUGCACAAGAUGAGGGCGAGGAUACUGAAUGAGACGCCGAUCACGUUGCGGUGCGAAACCAUCGACAUCGACCGUGACACUGUCUUCCCGCCAGGACACGAUGGCGCACGGGCGGACAUCCUCAACCACAUGGACGAUAUAGCUGACAAGACGAAAGCGGAUAUCUUCAUGCUUGAAGCCAAAUCGAGACGGAAGGACUCCGAGUCGGCAAGCUUCAAUGCUGCAAUGGAGAAGAGCAUGGACAAGCGUCUGCAGAUACACGUCUACGGGGACUUGGAGAGCUCAGAGAACGCGAAGACGAGAUUGCUGAUCAUGAUUGAUCAGAUUCUUCAACGUCAAGUUGACAGCAUCCGGCUGGAAUUGUCUCUGCAUAGUUUGAUCUCUGGACGGCAUCGACGGAACAUCAAGAUGAUCGAGUCAGCCACUGGCACGGCCAUCUACUUCCCGCCAAUGUUUCCGCAGGUGUUCGGCUAUGUGCCACCCGGAUCGGUACCUUUGCGUGGACGUGACGAGAUCAUCAUCACCGGAGAAGGCAUGGAUAACAUCCUGCAGGCUAAGAAGCGGUUGCAUGAUCUUGUCUUGAGCACGAAGACGUUCGUCAAGGACGUGCAGAUCACGACCAGCAAGGUGGACUAUAUCUUGCUUGACCGACUAGACAAGAUCCGGCGAAUCAUUGAGGCCAACGGUUCGUAUGUGCUGCUGCCACCGCUCGGCAACCACAGCGGCAUACUGCGCGUGCAGGCGACGGACAUUCUGAACGUCGAACGUACUGUGCGGGAGAUCAUGGGUUUGGCGGGCCAGUUCUACAGCGCUUCUUGGUGGGUCACGCACCCAGACGCGGCGCAGAGACAGCCUACCCCAUCCGAUAUCCGCGCCAUGUUGCCGGACAUCUGCAUCAAUUCCGGUGCCGAGAUCACGUUCGAGAAGCUCAAUUUCCACAUCAAUGGUAGCGAUGACUCGGUCAAGGCCGCCAUGUCGAUCAUCAACACGCUGCCUUUCGUGAAGAAGGCACAGUCUACACUGCGCGUCAAGGUGGAGCUUGCGAACGAGCACAAGGAGUUCGUCUCCGGCAAGAAGAACGGCAAGAUUAACAAAAUCAUGAGCCAAAGCAAUGUGCAGAUUGUCUUUGACGGUUUCAACGAGUACAAUUUCUACAUCGAUGUUCGAGGCGCGCAGUAUGAGGCCACGAAGAACGGACUGGACUUGGUCGAGCUGGAAAUGCCGGCAUCGAUCUCCUUUCACGUACCCGAUCAGUACCACAAGCGCAUCAUUGGUAUCGGCGGUCAGCACAUCCAGCGCAUCAUGAAGAAGUACUCGGUCUUCGUCAAGUUCUCGAAUGCGAUGGACCGUGGCGGUAUCGGCAAGGAUGACGAUGACAUCAAAGUGGACAAUGUCAUUUGUCGCACGCCCGCGCGGAAUGCUGACAAUCUGGAGCUGGUCAAGCAGGAGAUCAUGGACAUGGUUGAGAAGGUCGAUGCUGAAUUUGUCUCCGAGCACGUUCCGGUCGAUCGACUAUACCACCGUGAGCUCAUUGCGCGGAUGCCGGAGAUUGAAGACUUGGAGAAGAAGUGGAAUUGCAAGAUUACGUUUCCUGGCACAGAGCAAGCAAGCGACAUCAUCACCGUGUCCGGACCGGAGUAUCAAGUCCCACAGGCUGUCGAUGAGUUUCUUGGCAUGGUGCCGGAGACGCAUGAGAUUGAGUUCCCGACUUCGGAGGAGCUGUCGACCUAUCUUCGCUCUGAAGAGUUCCGACUCGAUCGUGUGCAGAAGCUCAGGGAUCAGUACGUCGUCGAGGUGUCCUUGCACGAACCCCGACCGGACAGGCAAGGCGACAAGGACGUCAUGGUCGAGAAGCUCGUACUCAGCUUCACUCGUAAUAAUGCCGGUGGUCUGAAGGACGCUAUCGACUUCCUCCUACUGCCGUUCUUGGCUCGCGGCUUAGGAGCCAACAAUGUCAAGGGUGCCAUUCCUCGACCCAAAUCUGACUCGUUCGAAGACAACAUGCCGUACUUCGAGUCCAAGUUGUUACAGCGGGCAGAGCCUCCUGUCACCGAGUCACCGACUCGCGCUAGCUUCGUCGAAGAAGGCAGCUCUCGCUCCCUCUUCGACAAGCUCCGCAAACCCGGCAGCAUGUCUUCUUUCUCCUCAUUCAUCGAUCGCCGUCGCAAGAACGGUACCAACUCACCGGGCAGCCUCUUCAUGCACGCUUCCUCGAAUGCGUCCAAGGCCUCGCUCGUGAGCAUGGAGAGCCGCGACUCGGGUUAUCGCAAUCCUUGGAACGACUCUGGCAUCGACCUCGAUCAUGAUGGCAACGGCGUUAAUGGCGGUGCAGGUGUACAUGCCAGCAACCACGGCAAUGGCUGGGCCACGGCUACGGCAGGCUUGACGCCAGGUGAUGCUACGCCUCGGUAUGAUGCCAAGGCUAGGGACGCCGAUGGAGCGCUCAAGGAACCAAAUGGCACCCCGAGCGCACCAGCGUUGAGCCCUGCUGAAGCCGUUGUUGCUGCUGCGUCCGCUCCCACCACUGCGGAGCCCGCUGUCGAUGUCGACACUGCUGCUGAAACGGCAGACGAACCUACCUCGACCUCGACUUCUUCAGGAUACCCGGCGCCUUCUGCGCCUACGCAUUAA